GACCAGCCGUUUGUACGGCUACAUGCACGGAUGACACUUUCCAUUCCACCAAAAUUUGCGAACAACCCCAAGAAGGGUGCUGAGGAGAUGCUCGAUGCCCUGGUAAUGAGAUACUCCCCAACACUGGAAGGCAUCCUCCUCGCACACACCCAGCUCCAGUUUCUCUGCCCUACCGCUCUUCUUAUUGCUGAUUCCCCCUUUUCCGCUGCGAACGUGUCGUUCGUUGCUCUCGUCUGGCGACCGAGGAUCGGCAUGCGCCUGCGCGGCUCCGUCUCCCUCUGCGGCCCGGAUCACAUUGGGCUCAUCCUAGAGCGAACGUGGAACUGCAGCAUCCCGAAGUGGGGACUGGAUGAAGGGGUGUGGGAGUACGUUGCUGGUACUGGUGCGGAGGGAGAGGAGGGAGCAGAGAGCACGGACAGCGGGUGGUGGAAGACGAGGAUGAGUGGGGAGCCGCUAGGCGGAGAGAACAAGACUGUGGAUUUCACUGUUGUUGGAAUGACAAUAGCAAACCAGAUGCUCUCGCUCACGGGAUCCCUCCUUACUGACCCUCUUAACCCUGCCAACCUCCCC